AUGGGUAAAUCACUUACUAAAGCGAUUAAAGAUUGCUUUACUACUGUAGUGAAUAAAUUAAAUCCUCGAGACCAGGACGGAUACAACAUUGUCAUCAAAGUACUGAUCCAACCAACAAUUCCAUUGUGGAACAAGCGUUACAGUUUCUCACUUUUUAAGAAAGGUUUGGGUUUCCAGUGCCCUGAACGCUGCAGAAACUGCACUUUCAUGCAUUAUUCAACCAAAACUAUGGUGGCUUGAAUAACUUUUUCGGGGACCAGGUAUUUGAAAAGUUUGCUAAUCCAUCGGAAAUAUAAAAAUCAGUAAUGAAACAUUUGGAAUCCUGUGCCUGUAGACUGACGCGACAAAGCAAAAUUGAAUACGGGUCAACUUCAGAGGUUAAAUGAUUCUAAGUAUAUGUUUGUGGAAAUAGAAUUCAAAAUGUUAGCUUUAUCAUCAUGGACUACUGUCUCAAAAGAGCUGCAUAGCACCAUGUUGUUUUAAGUUAACGUCAACAAAAUGAGAAUUGGGAUUUGUUCUUUCGUAUUAUUAUAUCAAAUACUAUGUUGCGUGCUUAUGCAACAGUACUUUAACUGUUAUAUGUUAUUUUUCAGGCCGAUCUCUUAACACUCGACAGCGGUAACCAUAAACAGAAAAUCAGAGAGUUUGAAACUAAAAUCCAGGUAAGAGGAAAAUAUCAAAAAUAACUAAAUUUCAACCUCACGUAGUCAUGCGUUCAUGAUCUGAGUUGAUAAAAGUCAAUUUACCUCCUUAAUCCUUUAAGCCCAAAUACCCUCAUACAAAAUCUCGGGGUAACUUAUUUCUAAUAGUUGUGGGUCGUGGAUACAAAGUCGUUAAGGUCAUGGGUGGCGUAGACCCACGAAAAAAAAAGAAGAGGUCCCUCAGGGGUGGUGGGGUUACACCAGGAGCCGGCUCUGGGUUACCCCCAAAUGUUUCUAGGUGGGGUUGGGUGGGAUGGCUACUAGUGCCUGGACAUCCCAAGUAUCAGUUAAAAGGGAAAGCGGCAUUUAUAGAAAAGUUAUAUUAGUAUACCGGUGGCAGAAGGAACAAUUCUUGUACCGGCCUCUUGUUAUUAACAUCAACGAAAAAUAUCUGUUUAGAAGAAGGAGAAAUCUAACACCAGAGAGCUCAGAAAAAUUCCGUGCCCUGGGUGGGAAUCGAACUGACGACCCUUUGAGUUCUAAUUCGGAUGCUUUAACAACGAGAUCUGCUGCAGGCUUUAUGGAGAGCGGGGUUAAAUUUAAUUAUUACUACACCCAGUCAUAAAGGAACAGUAUCGGGGACUUUAGUCGCUAGACAUUUUCACGAGGAAAAUGCAGGAGAAGUGCGUGUGUGUGUGUUUCGAACGGCCCGAAAUUCUAUCUACCAUCAGUAACUUUUCUAAUGGUCUGCCCCUAAGAAUGGUACUUUUUCAUUUACGUACGCCCAUUACGAAAUACGUGAUUGGAAAAAACAAAACCCUGGUCUGGUGUCGGUGAAACAAAUCGAUAUUUGCAUGAUCUUGCGGGCGUUCUCUCAAAAUUGUAAGUCUGUUUCGAUUGGUGUAGUUAGAUCGAUUGGAGAAUAUGGCUUCCUUUUUUUUUGGUCUCGUGAGUGCGAGAGGUGGGGCGAGGGAUUCAAAUCCCAUCUCUUAUGACCCCACUGUUUCUGACAGGCUGCCUGCUUUGUGUGGCUCGGCCUCGUUCUCCAGUCGUUCUCAAGCUCAUCCAAAUGGCAUCAACUCAUCCAAAUGGAUCUUUGAGAGUCAGAAUACAAUAGGCUGUUAUAUAAACUUUGUGUGGUUAGUUUUGUGUAAAAAAUUGUUUCCGUGCCACUUUAAAUUCGUCGCCUGCCUCGUCCGGUUAAUUUAAUUGGCGAAAGUUGAGUUUAGCAAAAAUACAGUAAAAAGUAAGUACGAUCACAGUUAAAACUUUUUCGUCUCAUAUAAGAAUCUAAGACAGCAAUGGAUACUGAAUUCCAAGCCGAGGAUUUCAGUUCCAGUCGUUGUCAGUGGAACUUGGAUUCUCAAUUCCAAUCGUUAUUGAAAUUCCAGAUUCUGAGCUGUAUUCUGGAUUCUAAAGCUUAGGAUUCCCGUUUCCACAAACAAAAUUUCCCCAGAUUCCAGAAUUGGGAAUUCCUUACAUGGGGCGAAACUUUUUGUUACUUUAACGAAUGCAGGCCCUGACCAACAGACUGAAUAGCGCCAGAGUGCACUGUGAUGAGAGGGUUUUUAUUAACUACUUGGACCGACAGAACGUUGGUGGCCAAAUGGCUUUUCUUGGCCAUAUUCCGACUUGUGAAGGCGGGAAGCUAUGGUUCAGCCAGCGUUCGCUAUCUUUACCGCUGCUGCAAGUUCAUUCUUUAAGUUAAGGGCGCGGCCCAAACUUGUCCAGUCAACAGUUGCCGUCAACUGAAAGUGAUGACAAGGAGAACAAAACGAAACUAAAAUAAAAUGAGACAACCUCUUCAACCACUUUGUUUUAGUUUAUUCGUCAUCAUCGCUGGACAUGAUGCACCAAAUGUUUAACAUAAUAGUUAGGUUUCCAUUUUCAAACAGCGGUCACAAUUUAAUUUGUUUAGAGCUGCGCGGCCAGUUCAACUUGUCGCUUGGCAGGUAAAGCUUGUUAAAAUUAAACAUGAUUCAGGAUUUGGGUCCUCUUUGAUAGGUCCAAAGUGGUAUUGAUCCCGGUAUUUUACCUGUGAUCCUGAUCCCCCUCUUUAAUCCCUGAUCCCACAUACCUUAUUACUACCUUUUUUAACGUGAUUGAAAAUCAUGGGUAUGCUUCCCAAGUUACUGUAUCAAACUUACACCCCUACCGCGCAAAAAUUAUCAACCUUUCUUGGACUUCAUUUUUUACGUCGGCAGUUGUAACAGCGCAGUGUCCUACAAACUAGAAAUUCGCAUCACCUGCCGCUUCACUUUUAAAAGCAAAUUUGACAUAACAUCUCCAACGUCUACCUGCGAACACUACAUCCUGGUGUGCAAAGCGACUUCGUCGGACGACUGACACAAAAUUUUUGUGUUGGAAGGUCAAAAAGAGUUUCAAAGCUGCUCUGCCUUAACGUUAAAAAUGCUUUUUCCUCUGAGUUUCUCAUCCCUUUCUGGUAAAACUACUGUUUGACUACUCCACAUGAAUAAUUAAUUUCCAUAUUUCACAAUUCAACCUCAAACAAUUGGAGGCUCUUGGGAAAAAGCAUUUCCAGGAAUUAAUUUAAAGCUUUUUAAAAGCUUUUGAUUUAGGAAACCUUACAAGUGAAAAAUAAGCAUGUUAUUUACCUGCCCUUGGGGUUUCUGAUAUAUUUACAUUUUACUCAGAGAGCCUUUAAUUAAAAAAGAUGCUUCAUAUUUUCGGGUAAUCAAAUAAAAAACUGAAUGGCAUCACCUUUUUUUUUUUCGUCGUUAAUCCGCUUAACGAGAACAUUUUCAUGGACCUUAAAAAUCAAAAGUGAAGAAAAAUUAUGAACUAUAGUAUCAAAUAGUAACAGAAAGACUAUCAAAAGCACAUUAAAACGUUUUUCACUUUAAUUAACUAAUGCAGGCCUUAGCAACCAGACUGGAUAGCGCCAGAGUCUACUGUGAUGAGAAGGCGACAGAUUAUGGGAACGUAUACUUCGCAAACGUCGUUGGUUCCAUCAUGUCCUUUGAACUUACAUAA